AUUGUUCACACGACAUUGCUAGGAGGAACUUCAAGAAAAGAGGAAUUUGCGUCGACACGUCCACGUGCCUUUAGGAUCAAGGCACGACCGAAGGAGCUAGUUUAGGAUUCAAUUGGAGUGUGUGGGUUUGCGGAAGGAAAGAGCGUUUGCCAGCCCCACUAUCCGACAUUCGGUGCACCAUAUCUACUGCUAUCACGAUCGAUUUGACAACACCCACAACUACUCUUUGUAUACCGAAAAAAUCCAGGACUGUGCAGGAUCACAAACAUCCACAUCGACGCCAACGUUGAUCGCGAUUCAAUCAUGGCGACAGACAACAACAAUACAGGGGUGAACCCCACGCUCCUCGCCUUCCACGGCUCGGGAAGCAAUGCUACGGUACACACGGUACAAUUGGCGCGAUUGAACAGAGUUAUCAAGCCCGACUUCGAAACUGAGAGCAUGGAAGCACCAUUCCCCUCUCAAGCUGGCCCGGGCGUCCUCCCCUUCUUCGAAGGCUGCGGCCCAUUCAAGCGCUGGCUCAAAACCCCCGUCUCAAUCAACCAGAUGAAGAACGGAACCGCGUCAUCUGCCAUGGAACCCCAAGUCCAGGACCUCGUCCGCAGCACCGUCGAGCGCAUCAACGCAUCUGGUGGCAGAGUCGUAGGUCUAAUUGGCUUUUCGCAAGGCACAAAAGUCCUUGCUGGAUUACUCAAGGGCUCCGAACUACGUGCUGCGCUUGCGGCAAAAGGCGAGGACGUUUCUGAUCUAGCGUGGUGCGAUUUCCAGUUCGGAGUGGUGAUUUGUGGAAGUUUCCCGCCGCCGCUGUUCCCUCAGGAUGUAAUCGCCAAGUUGGAGAAGGCUGCGGGGUUGAGUGAGACGGAAAAGAAGGAGUUGUUGGAGAAGAAGAUCUCGACGCCUACGUUUCAUGUGGUGGGUACGCAGGAUGAGUAUGAGUGGGCGGGGGAUGCGUUGAUUGAGGGCUUCUUUGAAGUGGCAGAGGGUAAGAGUGAGGUCAGGAAGUGGGACAUGGGUCAUCAUUAUCCGGCUCGCGCGGAGGAAAGCGAGGAAAUCGGGAAGUGGAUGGUGGAUGUGAUGAAGGGAGGUGCGCCAUGAUGCGGGGAUGAGAGAGGUGAGGUAUUUGAAGUUGGAAAGGAGCUGGUGGUGCUUCCAUGUACAUGUUCAUCUUGAGACAAACUAUAUAGACCUUGUUUAGAGUAGUA